UGUUUUGUUUUGCAGUAUUUAAGUUUGCUGAAUUUAUUGAAAAGUUUAUUAUCAUUAUUUUUAGGAGAUUGUUCUUUAUUAUGGAAAUACGGCCGUUAUUUUUAAUCGAAGAGAGGGAGAAAACUUUUAAGAAUUGGCCAUUUUCCGAUAAAAAUAAAUGCAACGUUCGCAAUAUGGCCGAGGCUGGAUUUUACUCAGUGGCAACUGGCACUGAUGAUCUUGAUGCAGCAAAAUGCUUCCUUUGUGGUAAGGAGCUCGACGGCUGGGAAGCUGAUGAUGAUCCGUGGGCAGAGCAUAAAAGUCAUGCAGGCAAAUGUGCCUAUGUACAACUUGGAAAAAACGAAAACGACCUUCUGCUAUCAGAAUUUUUAUCAGUUGUCAAGCAAUACAUGAUUAAUGAAAUAAAAAGGUUAAGUGAGGUAGCCAAAGAACAGGUUGAUGAAAAGGCUAAAGCUGUACAGAAGAAGUGUUUUGGAAGAAGAUAGAAAAUACAAUUUCUACAUCACUUGUGUGUCUACUUUAAUGUUUUGCUGGUUUCAAUCCAAUA